UAAAAAUUGAGGUCCUCUGACUUGACGAGGUCACGGGGGGCUGGCCCGCAGCCAGGCUGGGUUCCCAGGCUGCUCUGCCCAUCCCUCCCCGAAGCCACCACUUCCUCCAGAGCGCUGCUCUCGCACAGAUUUCUGCAGUUCUGUGAGGGGAGAUCUGCUCCUCUGGGUGCCUGCUGUGUGCUCUGCUCUCAGGAGGCCGUAUCCUCUCAAGACCUGUUGCAGUCUCCGAAUAUAAACCCCCCUUUGUUGGGGAGAGGUUGACUUGACUGAGCCGCAUGAUCAGUCAGGGAAAAAUGAGUGCCUGGCCCUGUCUUCUGCUGUGGAGCUUAACCAUGGUGUGUUUAACAGGUAUUGCUUUAGGCCAGAUAACCAGCACUGAGGUUCCCAUUGCAUCAACCCCAGCACCUCCCAGUACAGCCAGCACUGAGGUUCCCAUUUCAUCAACCCCAGCACCUCCCAGUACAGCCAGCACUGAGGUUCCCAUUGCAUCAACCCCAGCACCUCCCAGUACAGCCAGCACUGAGGUUCCCAAUGCAUCAACCCCAGCACCUCCCAGUGCAACCACUGCUGCAGCCUCUGCUCCCCCAGCUGCUCCUGCAACACUCUCAGCUGGACUGACCCCAACCACUGCAAACCCUGCUGCAUCCACAGCAGCUCCAUCUGCUGAUCCAAGCACAAAAUCCCCUUCCCAGACUCUGCCCACCACCACGGGGACCGCCCCCACCUCUGGCAGCAGGGCUGCCUCUCAAGGGUCUGCAGCACCGACAGCCACAUCCAGCGGUGUCCCAGCGUCCCCUCCAGGAGUGACCACAUCCUCUGGGGUCCCAGCAUCAGCUCUGCUCCCCACCACCCCCCAGCCCUCCAGCUGCAGCACAGUGAAUGUGACAGCCUGUGCCCGCUGCCCCCCUGGGACAGUCCCCACCCAAGGCACCUUGAGCUGCUCGUGCUGCACAGGGGGCUCGUGUGUAGAUCCCAGUGCUUGCAGCCCCUGCCCACCUGGCCACUACCAGCCCCAAAGUGGGCAACCAUCCUGCCUGCCCUGCCCACAGGGGUAUUACACCAGCUUCCCAAGGAGCACCGUGUGUCUUCCCUGCCCACCAGGACAUUUUGCUAAUGAGUCUGGGGCUGCAGCCUGCAGAGCCUGUGAGCAAGGCUAUUUUAGCUCCAAGGAAAAUGCAGCUUUUUGUCUGCCUUGCCAGCCGGGAUCAUUUUGCAACACCAGCAGCUGCUCGUCCUGUCAGUCGUGCCCCGGCGGGCAGGAGGCUCCUCGGGAGGCGUCGGAGCGGUGCGAGGCCUGCCCAGCAGGUACAUUCAAAGGUCCCAGUGAUGACAGAUGCAAGGCCUGCAGGACAGGAGAGUACCAAUUACAGCGGGGCAAGGAGAGCUGUGACCUGUGCCCAGAAAACCACUACUGCCCUAGCCCAGAUGUGAACCCAGUCAAGUGCCCUCCUGAUGCCUUCUGCCCCAGGGGCAGUGUGGAGCCCAGCUACUGCAUGGAACUUUUCCUGUACAAGGCAGGGGACUCCUGCCAGCUGACCCCUGCCACUGUCAUUGUGCUGGCCACCUUCUCAGCAGGUGGAAUCAUUGUUGUCUUUCUAAUAAUUCUGAGACAGCGGCAAGAGCACAGCAAGAAAUCCUUGAGGUCGCUGUUGCUGCCCCGGGGCUCGGGAGGACACCCCACGUAUGGGGGCAUGGAACACACAGAGCCAGUCUAUGCUGGCUGGUAGCACAGGCCACGAGCAGCAGCCACCUGCCUCUCCCUGCCCUGGGGCAACACUGAUGUGGUUCUGGGCAAGGUGUUUAACCACCAGCAACCUGGUUCUGUAUAGCUGAAAUCCAUGCUGGGAAAUAAAACUCAAGGUUUUGAGUUGUGGCUACUUGUGCAAACCAACCCAGCUCCCUGCUCUGCUGCACUGGGCUAAUGGGAAAAGUCUUCCCCUUCCAAUUCCUGGCUUUAUGCACAAGUAAAUACUUUUCUUCUUUCCUCAGGGGGAAACCCCCCCAAACAGCAAUCAAUCAUACCUGUUUCUCCAUUUUAAUAGUCAGCUCAACAGAGGACUGACUCCUCCAGUUAUUGAGGUUCCUUUGCACUAACAUGAAUAUGCCUCCUUUUAAUAAUAUGCAAUUUUUUAUUCUGUUCCCCAUUCUCGAAAUUUUUGCAUAAGCACAAGUCAAGAAAAGGGAUCCUAAGGCUCUCCCCUUCCUUUCAGCUGUGGGCAAAUAUGUACAAGUAAAGUAAUGGUUGAUUCCUGGACAAAUAAGUCCCUUUUGUUUCCUGCUGUCAGGUGGUGCUUCGGAGUGGAGCUAUGAAGGAGCAGCGUGCUGCAGGCACAUGCCCUGCACCUUUCUGCAUGCUGAGAGGGGCCUGUAGGAGACCCAGUGCCUAAAUGCCUGGGCAAAGUUCUGUCCCUGACCCUGCACACCCCAUUCAUCCAGGAGAGCAGCAUGAGUGGUUUGUACCUGUUUGCUGUGGCACUGUGAACCUGCUUCUGUGCACCCAGCCCAGUUCAACCAUCUGGUUAAACUAAUGUGAUUUGUAUUUUCCAGAGAUAAUUUCUGUGUGGGGCUGGUUGACUCUUGUCUGCUCUAUGUCCCCUAUCAUGUUUUUAUCCAGGCAUUCAGAAAUGCUCAUCACCUGGACUGGAGCCAGUGUCAACUGCUCCACAAAACCAGUCCCUGUGGCCUCUUAACCUUCCCACCUUGUUUUCCUUUUCCUCCUACAGACAUUCCUGCACAGGUGCUGUGUAAACCCAGCCCAGCCAGCUGUGACCCUGUGUCAGUGCUGUGCUUCACCAGCCCUCCAUGGCCAGCAAAAACAGUAUCACUAUCAAAAGAUCCACUGCACAGAGGUGGUAGCAGGUGUUACUUCUCACUUGACCUUGCAGCAGCAGAGAUGGCUGAAGGAACCAUGGCUGUGGGGGUUAAGUGGUUUCUGCCCUCAGCUGCUCAUUCUCCCCUGCCCAGGGAAGGUGUUAGAAGUGCUUAAAAGAAUUUAUAAAAUAUAUCAUUUCUGUGAUGUCUCUCAACUCUUGUCAGGUCAGUAGCUGGGUGGAGGACUGGUACAUCAGCUGUUGUGGGCAGCCAGGUUACCCAGAGAAGCUGUGGCUGCCUCAUCCCUGGAAGUGUUCAAGGCCAGGCUGGAUGGGGCUUGGAGCAACGUGGUGUAGGGGAAGGUGUCCCUGCCCAUGGACCUAUUUUCCUUUUUUCAGAAGCUGCUGCUGUUCUGGCUUGAACUCAAAGGGCUUCAUGCAUUUCUUAGAUAUAAUCAACUUUCCUGUGGCAAGGCCACGGUGCUCCUACCAGGUGAUGUGCUCAAUUUGUAUAAUAAAUGCCUCAUUUUGCCAGAGAGGCAGGAGGUCACAAUUUUGUCUUCAAAUCCAAGAGGAGCUGCUCCCACAUGAUGCACAUGAUGGCAGGGGGUUGGAAGUGGAUGGUCUUUAAGGUCUCUUCCACCUCAAACCAUUCUGUGACUCUAACCUGGAUCAGCAGCAACAGGGAUGGUACCUACAAACCCUCCCCACUGUUCCAGCAGGGGCAGAGCUCCAUGCAGCCUCUCUCACUGCUGAUUUAGGAGACAUGAAGUUUCUCUCUGGCCCAAGGCUGUGGUUUUCCUCAGAGCAGCACAGAGACACAAUCCUGAUGCAGAGCACCAGGUGAUCUCAGCAGAACUAUCAGCCACCAGUGUCAAAGCAGAUCUCUGAAAUGCUUUUUUAAAAAAUGUAGCUGCUGUCACACGUUGGACACUCCACACGUGAAGCCAAACCAGAGCCAAAAAAACCCUGUCUGAAAAAGCCACCGUCAGAGUCAGACCUGACCAAGCAGGACCAGCAUUUUUGACAGCAGAAGGCCCCUGAGGGAGCAGUGCUGGCUGGGCUGGGGAGCUCCAGCUGUCACAAAAACCUGUAAAAUUAUGAGCAACAGAGAGCAGCACUGGGAAAACUGGACUGCAAGAAAUGUCAGCAUUUCUGUGAUAAGCAACAGUGUGAAAACAGCCACAGCACAGUCAUUAUCACCUCCGUGGAAGUGUAAAACAGUAUUUCCAGGGUGUCUCUUAGGAAGGCCUGGAGUGUAAGUUUUCCCUAUGAGAGAACAAAGCCCUGUUCCCUCACUGCCAAACCGUGCUUUCUUAGGAUGUAUCAAUUCCACAUUUUUCUUUAAAGGAAAAAAAAAAAGGUGCCAAAAUAAGUAUACAGAGCUGUUUUACAAAAGAGACUUAGCAACUUCUUAAAUAACUAGGAAUAAAAUUCAACAUUUAAUAAGACAUUGAAGUUUCUCAAGCAGUCAGACAUGGAAUAAUGAGACUCAACAAUGUGGAAAAAUCCCAUUAAUACGUCUUUCAAGGUAUUUUGCUUUUCCAAGUAAUUCAAAUAAAAAACCUCCUAAAACCUGACCAUGAACACAAAGCUAUUGAACAAAACAGACAUUUACUCUGAUUAUUUUUCCUAGGUUGUAUGAAAAUACAUCUAACAUACUCAACUGAAAAUUGUUUCCAUGCUUGCUCAUGUGAACAACAAAUUCUGAAAUUGGCUGUCAUGUAUCUAGCUUUUUUGCUAGAAAAGGAAAGACAUUUUGCUACUUUGAUGGGCAAGACACAAAGAACAUCAUUUAAGGCCACAUAAUAUGCCACAGUAACAGUAAAUGUUGUUUAGAUUAAUUUAUAAUAGAAAAUCCUUCAAGUUGCUGAAUGCUAAAAAAUAUCGAGUUGCAUCAGGAGAAAGCUCAAGUCUUAAGGAUUGUUUUGCCUUGUAUUUGAACAGUGGGAGAAGGAAAACAAUGUCACUUUUCUUUCAGCUUUUUUUUUUUAAACAAAAUUUCAGCCUGUUUUCCCAGGCUGCAGAGCAAGGUGCAGAAACCUUCAUUACAACGCACCUAAACCCCACCUGUCCUAGUACAGAAACCAGAAUUCUCCUGGAUCACCACCUGAGUGCCUGAGCUGAGCUCACAGGGUUACGUGGCCAGUAUGUGUCAAGGGAGAGACUUUGAUCCACGUUCCUCCACAAGAUCAGCCUACAGGAGGUGCCCAGCAGCAGGAAGGAACUCCCAGCAACUCACAAGCGAACUCCUGCUCUGCCAUCCCCGUGAUGCAGAACUCCGUGGGCCAGAGGGUCGAGCAGUAAAGAGCAAGGAGAGGUAGAAGGAAGCAGAAGGUCAAACAGCCCCUGGCUCAGAGCUGUUUGUGUGAACAGUCUCUCUGUUCCCACAGACAGACACAAGGGUGGCUGUCCUGCAUCCUGCUGUGCUGAAUGUGCUUGUGAGCCCCUCGGGAGGCUGUGGGCACCGUGCCCCAGCCCAAAGCAGGGGGGCUGUGACUGCAGCAGUCCCU